UCAAUUCGUGAUCAUUUUUUAUUUCUAUAUCAAUAAAAUUUAAAUUUUUAUUUUCAUUGCAUAUGUAAGGAAGCACUUUGUUGAGGGUAUUUAAAUAUAUUCACACAAAUAUAAAUAUUAUAACUUAUUGCUACUUUUAAUAUAUAUUUUGAACUUUAGUUAUUAUUACUUUAAAGUUAAAAUGUCUUGGUGCCGAGCAGUAUGGUUGGAGGGAUCAACAGAAGAAGAGCUGACAAUCCCGUCAGUUUGGAUUGAAGGAGCAGUAAAUGAAAAACAGUUUGUGAGGUGGCCCAAUGGUAUCAUUGUUUUUUAAAAGCAUGUAAACAGCAGGCAAUACCACAUAAUGAUUGGUUUUCCUUUCCACUCCUUAAGGAAAAAUGUCGUCAUAAUGAUAAAACAGCGUGUGAAGGAUUUGACUUCACUAGUGACGAUUCAGAAGCGUAUUCUAAUAAGCAAAUAGACAAAUCUUGUGAUUUGACCUUUGAAAAUGAGAAAGGAAUUGAAUAUAGAACAAUACAUAAAAUACCUGUAUGUCCUGAAGAGCCCAUGUUUAUUAGAGCUAGAUCGCGAUCCCCUUACGAUGUAUCUUCACAUUGUUCUGCUUUGCCAAAUCCUGGUUGUCCCCCUCUUGCUAUUACAGAGCUACGUUCUAAGCAAGCAGUUUCAAAAUCAUUUGGUUUUAAAACUUCAAAGAGUUCAGCAAUAAUAUCUUCUGGUUCCAAAACUUCUUCUAUCUUUUCAGCGUCUGCUGUUAAGUCCUGUCAAUCACAAUUUGUAUCAUCUGUAGUAAAAUCUACAGAUAAUACAUAUUCUAAAAUCCCUGUAAGUAAGUUUCUACAAAUGACUUCAAGUUCAGUAAUCCUACCAUCUUACUCCAAACAAGUUACAAUGCCACCAGUAAAAGCAACUCAAUUUACUAAAACCUCGAUAUCUAAAUUUCCUCUUCCUGAAGCUAAAUUUCAAUAUAAAGUAAUUCAUUUGCUCACUCAAAUUCUUGAGGAGCAGUGCAAGAUAUCGACACAGGAACCUGAACAUUCUUCAUAUCAUGUGCAGAAGCUCGAUAAUUUAGAGGAGUUUCAGGUUUUUGAUGAUGAACUUUCUGAUGUUGCAAAAUGUCUUCUUUUAAAAAGACAGUUAACAAUGGUUGGUGGAAAUUCGUUUCAUGCAAAUGUCAAAGCCAUACUUUCUAAACUCAUGACAAACAAGUUAAUGGCAUGUUACAACAUGAAUGGAAAAAAUAAAAAAUCAUUCAUAAAAACAAAAGUAUUCAGAGUCAUUGUGGAAAGCAUGUCAAAGUACAAAUUAAAUGAAUUGCACCAAGCUAUUGGCAACGUUCUAAAACGUGCUCCCGACAGAAAAGAUGGUGGUGGGCGUGGCUGUAGAGCGGAAGAUGAACAAGAUUUUUAUAACAAUAAAUCUCAAUGAUCUUUAA